GAGAGAGAGAGAGAGAGAGAGAGAGAGAGAGUCCCAUAGUCAACGGAAUGGGGAUGUAGAGUAGAGAAAGAAAUGAAGAAAGCCAGAGCAGACCAUUUCCAUCUCCUUCUCUCUCUAGCUGAUAUGGGUUCCUUCCCAUUCAUCUUCUUAAUCUUGUUAUCUUUUUGUGUUAUUGUUUCUUGUUCUACUCCAUCAUCAGAUGUUGUAUUAUAUCCAAAUUACACUGCUUCAGGUGUUCAUUUCAUCGAUGGUUCCGUUGGCUUCUUAACCUCCCCUAACGGAACGUUCAGAGCAGCUAUCUUAAGUCCAGGCGGCCAAGGAGGUUCAGGAACCAACUACUAUUUGUGCAUCCUUCACGUGCCUUCCAAUACCAUCACCUGGUCUGCUAAUCGUAACGCACCCGUUUCUAUUGCAGGAACCAUGACUCUCUCUGUUACUGGUAUUGUAAUGAAAGAUCACGACGGUAGCUUAAAAUGGUCGACUCCUCUGUUAGAUUCUUCGGUCUCGUCACUACAGUUAACUGAGACCGGGAAUCUUGUGCUGCUCACUCAAUCUAAUGCUAUUCUUUGGGAGAGUUUUCUUCAUCCCACGGAUACAAUCGUGAUGGGGCAGGAAUUGCCCGUAGGGGUAUCACUGUCCAGCGCGGUAUCAAGUACUGACUUGUCAGUUGGCAGUUACACGCUUUCAAUAACUGCCUCUGAUGCUUUACUGCAGUGGCAAAAUUUGACUUACUGGAAACUAUCGAUGAAUACCGUGGCUUACGCAACCUCGAGUUAUCCGGUGGAGUACAUGGCGGUCAACCAAACGGGUCUUUAUUUGUUCGGUAAUAAUGGUUCUGUAGUCGUAAUCCAGGUGAACUUAUCUAUAUCAGAUUUUGGGAUUGCCAAGUUAGAUUAUUCCGGCCAGUUCAGUGUUGGUAGCUUUUCUGGUACUAAUUUCAAGCCUGCAUUUGCGGGGCCGGAUGAUAAAUGCCAAAUCCCGUUCAUCUGUGGAACGCUUGGUUUGUGUGGUGACGGUUCUAAUAAUCGCGUAUGCUCGUGCUCAUCCAACUUCCGUUCAAGUUCACAGAGCCAGUAUCCAAAUUGUGUGCCAAGUGAUGCUUCUUAUUCCUUGUCAAAUUCUUGUAAUUCAACUGAUAACAGCAAUACGGGUAACUUCUCGCUUUCAUAUUUGAGCCUUGACUAUGGUAAUGACUAUUUUACUAAUGAUUUCACGAACCCUGUGAAGUACGGUGUAAACUUGUCCGGCUGUGAAGAUCUGUGCUCAAGCGAGUGUUCUUGCUUGGGAAUUUUCUAUGACAACUCAUCAAAUUCAUGUUAUGUCCUUGAAAACCAGUUGGGAUCACUUAUGUCAAGCACCAGUAGCCGUAAUGAUCGCUUGGGUUUUGUUAAAGUAAUAGUUGGUCCUUCGCCUCCUAAUUUUGCUCCUAAUAGUGGUCAACCACUUGGGAUUCCCAUAGUUGCUCUAGUGUUGCCAUUUAUUGGGUUCUUCCUUUUAGCUACUCUGGGAUUCUUCUUCUGGAGAAGAUCGAGAAGCUCUAAAACUGGAAAGUUAAAUCUCAACAGUCAAACAAUUCCUUCUUCGGAGGACUUGGAUGCCUUCUCCAUCCCAGGAUUACCUGUAAGAUUUGGAUAUGAAGAGCUCGAGGUGGCUACUGAUAAGUUCAAGACUAUGAUAGGGUCAGGUGGGUUUGGUACAGUGUACAAGGGUACACUCCCCGAUAAAUCACAUGUGGCUGUGAAAAAGAUCACUAAUGUUGGAAUUCAAGGGAAGAAGGAUUUUUGCACUGAGAUAGCGAUCAUUGGAAAUAUUCAUCACGUCAAUUUGGUUAAGUUGAGAGGGUUUUGUGCCCAGGGGAGAGAAAGAUUGUUGGUUUAUGAGUAUAUGAACCGUGGGUCCUUAGACCGCACCCUCUUUGGGAAUGGACCAGUCUUAGAAUGGAAAGAAAGGGUUGAAAUAGCACUUGGAACGGCACGUGGACUUGCAUAUUUGCACAGUGGGUGCCAGCAAAAGAUCAUCCAUUGUGAUGUCAAGCCUGAGAACAUACUCCUUCACGACCAUUUCCAGGCCAAAAUCUCCGAUUUCGGGCUGUCUAAACUUUUGAGCUCCGAACAGUCUGGCUUAUUCACUACAAUGAGAGGAACUCGUGGAUAUCUUGCUCCUGAAUGGCUUACUAGUGCUGCAAUCUCUGACAAAACUGACAUUUACAGUUUUGGAAUGGUACUGCUUGAAAUUGUGAAUGGAAGAAAAAAUUGCUCUUUACGAACGCGAAGCGAAUGUAUGGAGGAUGAAAUUAGUGGUGGUGGGUCCUCGUCAUCUUCUUCACGACAAGGAUCUGUUUAUUUCCCCAUGUUUGCCUUGGAGAUGCAUGAGCAAGGAAGGUACUUGGAACUUGCAGACCCCAGGCUCGAGGGGAGAGUUACUAGUGAAGAUGUGGCAAAGUUGGUGCGUGUGGCUUUAUGUUGUGCACAUGAGGACCCUGCGCUUAGGCCAAGUAUGGUUAGUGUUGUUAGCAUGUUGGAAGGUGAGAUCCCUUCUGGUCAGCCGAAGCUGGAGUCUUUGAACUUUUUGCGAUUUUAUGGGCGCCGGUUUGCUGAGGCUUCUACAAUAGAACAGAAUAAUGGGCAAGAUGAUUUUAUAUUUCCACAAUUGAAUGCUUCUCUUAGUAGUUCAACGAGUAGGUUGCCUCUUAAUUUCUCUUUCAUAUCAUCACAGCAAGUCUCAGGGCCAAGAUAGUACCUAAUGACUGAGCUUUAAUUGUAAAAUUGUUUUUGUGGUUUACUGUGGAUAAAUUGUUUUGAGGUCAAAUAGACACAAUUGUAGUUUCCGUAUUUGAUAUUCAGUCUUUCUAAUCUUCAAAUGUAAUUGCCCUUGACAGAGCUCAAUGGAGAAAAAAGGAUUCAUGUAGCCGGCUCCAAUUAAUUGGGAAAUAAGGCUCGGUUUGGUUUGGUAAAUGUAAUUACACUUAAUUUUGUGUGUCUUGUGCAAA